UUGCUCUCAACAUCUCUAUCUAACAACCAAAUCAUAUAUGGCUGGAACAAGCAUGUCGUCUUCCCUCUGGUCCUUGUUGCUCUUGCUCCUAGCAUUUGCUGCUGCCCUGUGCACGCCCAGCGCAGCCACCGAAGACGACGGGAGCAAUGGCACAGACCCCGACGCUGACCGCCGCGCGCGUGCCGCGGCCACGGUUGCCGAGAUCCUGUCGGUGCACAACACAGCACGGCAGGCGGUCGGGGUGCCGCCGCUGGUCUGGAGCCCCCAGAUCGCCGUGUACGCCAAGGGCUUCGCGCACUCGCGGCGCGGGGACUGCGCGCCCCGGCGGUCGCCGCUGUUCUACUUCGGCGAGAACAUCUUCGUCGGGAUGGGCCGGCACUGGAACGCCACGGCGCUGGCGGCGCCAUGGGUGGCGGAGGGUCAGUGGUACGACUACGAGACCAACUCGUGCGCCGCGCCGCCGGGCGCCGGGUGCCUGCGGUACACGCAGGUGGUGUGGCGCAACACCACGCAGGUCGGGUGCGCCAGGAUCGUGUGCGACAACGGCGACACCCUGCUCGUCUGCGACUACUUCCCGCCGGGGAACUACGGCACCGGCAGGCCCUACUGAUCCUGGGUCGUCUUGGCUGGUCACGCACCAUUCCGUGCGAAAUAUACUUGAAUUGGCUGCUCCCAUCUGCUUUGUGUUGUGUAUUUCCGCGUGAGUGAUGUCUCUCAACUGUAUAAUUCGUUGUGUUGUUGUCGUCGUCGUGAUUCUUAAGCAUCGCCGUUCCAUAUGGAAUUACGGUGUGCUAAAAUAAAACUGUGAUUCCAUUGAUUUGACAGCAAAUGCAACCGCU